AUGUCGGGUCGUGUUCGAAAACAAUCGGAUUGUCCUGUGGGUAAGCAGGGCCCUAUGAGGGCGACGCUGCCUGUAUCAUCAGUGAUGAAAGGCGGUGGUUUUAAAAAGAACGCUGCUAACAGUCCAACUUUGUCGCCUACAAACGUGUGGCGGCGAAUAUCUCCCGAUCAUGCUCUUUCUGGUCAAAGAAGUCCAGGAGCAGUCAACUACAAAGGCAAAGGACGAUUUGGAUCUAAUGUUAUCAGACGCACAGCCUCCCUAGACACUCUGUAUCAUAAAGGACAAUGGCCUAGAGAUUACUAUCUUCAUGCAGGACAACUACAAGUUGAUAAAUCUACACAAACUGAUGAUGGAGGUGGAGUUUCUGGACGGUCAUCUAGAGGUUCAGAAGAUGACAAGCUGGACCGUUUCCUUAGAAGUCGUCUGCAGAGACCACAUAAACCAACUGCAUCUGGAGAUUAUUCUUCACAUUCAAUGAGUCCUGGAUUUUGGUCCCGUUUUGGUAGUGGUGGUGUACCUCUUAGAGCAGCUCGUUCGUCAGUGGAAGGUCUAAAUCAAGAGAUAGAACGACUUGUUCUUUGUCCAGCCAGUGGAACCCAGACUCCACAUAUUGACCGACUACGAGAUAAGGUUACUCCAGAAGGGCACCGCGCACCGCUGGCUGAGCUACUAAGGCGCUCUGUUAACACUCAAACACCGCACGAUCUAUGUCACACGGCCCAUUCAUCAGAUCCACCGUCACGGGGUUCCCUAUCCAGCGCGGGCUCAGCCGAGCUCCUAGCGACAGGUGGCAGUGUGUGCUCAUCACCAGAUUUAGAUGGGUCUAAGCUCGGGACUUCGCCGCAAAUAAACCGAUUCUUAGCGCGUGAACCCCCAGAUGGUUGUGAAAAGGUGAACUUGAAAGCGGGCGAGGGCGCGUACACGGAGGCGCUGCCGAUGAAGCCGUCGACGCCGGGCUUCACGCUGCGGCCGUCUCUCGGCUCCGCCUUCCAGCCGCUGCAGCCCGCGCCCGCGCCGCCCGCGCCCGACCCGCCCGCGCUGCCGCAC